UCAAUUUCUUGGUCAUUGAUUUUCAAACAUAUGUGAAUUAAUAUCAUAAGAUCCUCUCACACACAACCCUCCAUAGUCUUGGGGACUUGAAUUCUACUAUUACUACAAGUCUAUAACAUAUUGCUAUGCCUAUCAUUUCAUUACACAAUAACAAUGGCAACAAAAGCACUCAUUACCAUCCAAAGUUUUCUUGGCUUCAUGACCGCCUUCACCAUGGCAAGUGCACAAUCCCCAAACUACAUGAAUGAUGACUGCCACAACUCAACAACACAACAAGCCCUAACCCUAACAUACCAAACCAACCUUCACAACACCCUCUUGUGGCUGUCUUCGGAUGCUGCCACAAGCAAAGGAUACAAUCACACCACCACAGGAAAUGGCACAGUUGAUGCUGUGUAUGGCCUCUAUGAUUGCAGGGGUGAUGUCACAGGAUCCUUCUGUCAGUUUUGUGUCUCCACUGCAGCCUCAGAGAUUCUUCAACGCUGUCCUAACAAAUCUUCUGCUGUGAUAUGGUAUAACUACUGCAUUCUCAGGUACUCAAACCAUAACUUCUUUGGGAACCUUACCACAACUCCAUCAUGGCAAAUUGUAGGGUCCAAGAACACAACUAAUCCAGAAGAGCUUCAGAAAUCUGAGGAUUACAUGCAAAGUUUGAGAAGAGAAGCCACUGUGGAGACCAACAAAUUAUAUGCAAUAGGAGGGUUCAAUUUGAGUAAUGGUGAGGAAAGGUAUGGGUUGGUGCAGUGCAGUAGGGACCUUACUAAUGUUGAGUGCAGUCAGUGUUUGGAGGCUAUGUUAGUCAAAGUUCCUCAGUGUUGUGCUGCAAACCUAGGAUGGCAAGUUUUGGCUCCAAGUUGUCUUAUAAAGUAUGAUGAUUAUAUGUUCUACCAGAUUACUAAUCAAACAUCUUCUCUUUUGCCUAAUCCAGCUAAGAAGGGAGGUAAAAUUAAGUCAACAACCUUGAUCAUAAUCAUAGUGAGUGUAUUGGUGGCACUAGCUUUAGUAGUUUGCUCUAUCUACUACUUGUGGAGGCAGUAUCUGUCAAACAAAGAUGGAUUGCUAUCAGUGAACACCCCUACAUCUUUUCAUGGCCAUGUUCAAAGAGAAGAUGCAUUGACUGUAGACCUUCCUACAAUCCCUUUAAUUUGGAUUCGACAGAGCACUAAUAACUUUUCAGAGUUGGAUAAAUUAGGAGAAGGUGGAUUUGGUCCUGUUUACAAGGGUAAUUUAGAAGAUGGAACAGAAAUUGCUGUCAAAAGACUCUCUAAAACAUCUGGUCAAGGUUUGGAGGAGUUCAAGAAUGAAGUGAUCUUCAUAGCCAAACUGCAACAUAGGAACCUUGUGAGACUCUUGGGUUGCUGUAUUGAGGAAAAUGAAAAGCUGCUUGUGUACGAGUACAUGCCAAAUUCUAGCCUUGACUCUCACUUGUUCAAUAAGGAAAAAAGAAAGCAACUAGAUUGGAAGUUAAGACUGAGCAUUAUCAAUGGAAUUGCAAAAGGACUUCUAUACCUUCAUGAAGACUCUAGACUUAGAGUAAUCCAUAGAGAUCUGAAAGCCAGCAAUGUUCUUCUGGAUCAAGACAUGAAUCCAAAAAUAUCAGAUUUUGGAUUGGCAAGAACAUUUGAAAAAGGCCAGAGUCAGGAAAAUACAAAAAGAGUUAUGGGCACCUAUGGUUACAUGGCUCCAGAAUAUGCAAUGGAAGGGUUGUAUUCAGUGAAAUCUGAUGUUUUCAGCUUUGGAGUUCUUUUACUAGAAAUCAUAUGUGGGAAAAGGAAUAGUGGAUUCUAUCUUUCAGAACAUGGUCAAAGUCUUCUUGUAUAUAGUUGGAGACUUUGGUGUGAAGGAAAAAGCUUGGAAUUGUUGGAUCAAAUACUGGAAAAGACAUAUAAAACCAGUGAAGUUAUAAGGUGCAUACACAUUGGUUUGUUAUGUGUUCAGGAAGAUGCAGUAGAUCGACCAACCAUGUCGACGGUUGUUGUCAUGCUGGCAAGUGACACAAUAGCCCUUCCAAAACCUAAUCAUCCUGCCUUUUCAGUUGGAAGGCAGACCAAAGAAGAAGAAUCAACAUCAAAAACUUCCAAGGAUCCUUCUGUAAAUGAAGUAACAGUAUCAAAUAUUUUACCCAGGUAGUGGAUAUAACAUGAUAAAAGUUUUGCUUUGAAAAUACCAAGAUUGUACAAGAAAUUACAAUUAAGUUUACAACAAAUUGGUCAGCCAGCCUCCUCUACAUUUGAGAAGCUUUUUCGUGUUUGGGAUUGCAAUCCUAAAGUUUUAUCUAUACAUAUAUGUAUAUUCUAUUCAUAUCAUUGAUUGCAAAAUCUUGCAUUCAGAGCAAGGUAACACUGAUAGCCAAAUUCCUCUGAUGUUAUUUAGGCCUCUUGAUAAGAUGAGAUUAGCAUAAAUAAUUGAAAAUGGAAUGGCAAAGUUAUGAAAUAUUUGCCUUGGCGGUAAG